UCACACACACACAACACAUACAGCACAGACAGAGCACACGCGUGUAUGGCUCAUUCUGCUAUAACACUUUAUGUCUCAGAUUGAGGUGGGCUAUUAAUUUCGACAUCUUGAAACUGAAAAAAAAAGUCAAGGAAUUGAAACUGCAUAAUGGCGUUUCUCUGAAAUGCAAUCUCAUUUUGCGCUUCCCUUUGUGAGCUUUGCAUAAUGAUUUCCUUUGCGUUUGGCUGUCUCAUUCUAAACACAUUGUAACAAAGAGUAAUCUCGCUUGUUUAUCUCUGACGUGGGCCGCGUUGUAUUUCCGUGGAAUUCUGGGGUGGCGUUUGAGCAGGCUAGAGAUCAGUGCGAGAGCGCGUCUGUCAGGAACAGUGCAGUCUUGAGCAGAGCGGGAGUCAGUCGGUGGAACAACAGAAGUGUUGCGUGUAUUCCAGGAAAAUUUGAUACGCCCUUUUUGGCGAGUUCCAUUUUGCGAAUAGGGAAGCAUAUGUUCACAUUCGUAUGCGGUAGGUUUUAACUGUGUUGGGCUUUAUGACUGAAACCCGUAUUUUAACCGUGUUUAAUUUGCCUACAGUGGUAUUUUUUUUUUUAUUUCCUUUUUCGCUGAAGACGCAACGUACUGUGAAAUACAGUAAAAAGGACGUACAAGAUGUUUACCACAUUUCUUAAGUGUCAGAUCAUCCUCACAUUUAUCUGCCACGCAUUUUGUUACGAGCCCACAAAUGAGGACUUGAAGUGUUUUAAUGACUACGAGACGGAAAUGCAAUGCAGUCUCUCCAAUGACCGUCUCAAAAGCUGCUCUGAAUACAAGCUCAACAUCACACAAACUGCAUUCGAUUCGUUUGAAAAGUAUACUUGCCUCUUUGAGACAAGUCAUCUUAGUAACAGUUGUGAGUGCAAAAUUGAGGUGAAAGGGUUUGUUAUAACAGAGAAGUUCACUAUUACACUUCUGGAAGGAACAAAUGUUUUAUUAAACAAACCAUUAAUGUCGACUCAAGAUUUCAUCAAACCGAAAACUCCAGCCUUAACGGUGGAAAGGACAGAAAAUGGAAACUUUAAAGUAACUUGGGAUGAUCAGUAUAAAAAAAGUGGUGGGGCAGGAAGAAAUUUUUUGGAUGAUUUGAAAAUAAAUCUGACCUACAGCACCAAAGAAGGCCGUGAACCUAUAUCCAGGGUGCUACAGAACACAGCAGGAUCCUUUGAGAUUGUUGGCAAAAAUCUUCACCCGAAAACCAACUACAUUCUGACAGCAACAAUGAGCACAGACUAUAAUGAUCAUACGAUAUCUAGUGACCAGAGCGCACCAGUUGAGUUCACCACCUCCUCAUCCCCAAAGGAAAUAGCCAAAAUGCUGAUUCCACCUCUCUGUGUUGGUUUAAUCAUCAUCAUUGUGAUUAUCUUUAUCUGUGUUUUGAGAAUGAAGAGGAAUUGGUGGGACAAAAUCUCCAAGCCUAAAAUAGAUUCCAAUCUUGGAGAUGAGAAGGGUCAUAUUUUGCCUCCACCUGAUAUGAAGUUUUCUCAAAUCCAUGUAGAGUUUACAAAACUGGACCUUCAGGAGAAAAAUAAAUUGAUCUCAACAUUAUCAGAAGAUACAAACAAUGAGAAAAGUUCCCACAGCGUUGAGUCGGCGCCGGUGGAUUAUGGCCAGGCUUGCUCUGGAAGCCCAGAAGAGAAUAUCAACGUCGCAAAACGUGUCGAGCAUGCCUUGGAUGAGGUGUUUAAACAGCAUCCAAUCACAAACAAUAAGUCACUGUUAUCCCCCAACAAUAAGGUUACAACGAUCGGCCCAUAUAAUAGGGUUAACGUUGUUAGUUCCUCAAGAGAGUGCAACCGUGCAAACCGAGAUUCGGGCAAUUGCUCCGGCUCAUCGGUUUUCAGCAAUAUGUCAUAUUUGGAAUCAACCACUGAUGAUUCCUUAUUCCUAGAGCAGCUGAGCGAUGAUCAUUACCGUCAAUCCAGCAAGAGGGAAGUUUCAGACUCAAGCGAUAGCCAGUUUAACUCUCCCACUAUUGAUACUCUGGAAGUCGGAUAUCAGUGCUUCAACAGUGUUUUGGACAAGGAUGCAGAUGUUUGUGUGAACAUUUCAGACGAUGCUGAUGACAAGUGCAUCACGAAAAAUCUCAUCACCAGCACAAAUCCGCUCUAUCCUUCUCUGAUUCUGCAUGAUGGCAGCGUCACACCAAGUGAUGACGGAUAUCAGGCUUUUCAAGGCCUGACGAAAAGCACAGAAGGACAGUGGAGCACAGGUGUCAGCACUGAACAAGCACUUGAUGCAUGUGGAGCUUUGAAACUCCCCCACAGCAACGGCCAAGAUCCCACAUCUGUGCAGCCAAGUUCUUGGACCUCUUCUUUGCAUUUCUCACCAGUUAUUCAAAUAGACAGUUCCUAUCAGUGUGUUUAGCUAUGCUAAUACAAAUGAUAAGUAACAUGCCUGAAACAUAGGGUUGUAUAGGGUUGUCUCUCCCUCCUUGCUGAAUGUGAACGUUUUCGAAAGUGAAAGUGAAACCAAAAAACAGCUCGCAUAAGAAAGCGUGUAGGCAUUUUUAUAUUUAUGUUCACAAUGAUCACAAUGCUUUCAUUUUUAAUAUUUGGCAUGUUUGUGUGCUGCUGCGGGUCCUUGUGUGUGUAAUAAGCAGAGUGUAUGUGCAUUGGGCACCUGCCUAUAGGCGCAUAUUACUAACACGCUCUUUAAAUAACAAAAAAAAAAUACUGCGCCAUUGACUUUAGGCCAGGUUUCAGCAGUCUAUUUUAGUUUCCUCAAAAUAGCAACGCAUCAACAAUGCACCUGAACACACCUCAUUUUCAGACCAGCACACCGACGGGCACACAAAUGGGCGCAAAUGCAUUUACUAUUUAAGCAAAAUGGUGCAGGGCAUGAAAAUGAUAACUGCGUCAGGCUGAAACUAGUAAUAAACACUUGGGUCACACCUGGCGCCACAUUGCAUGAUAGGGCCCAAAGUUAGAGACUAAGUUUUAAGUGCUUCUUCUUUUUUUAAUGAUAUUUUUGAGCUUUUUUGUCCCUUUAAUGGACAGGACAGUAGAGAGAUGAUGGGAAAGUACUGGGCGGAGAGAGCUGGGGGGGUCGGCAAAGGACCUCGAGACAGUAUUUGAACUCAAGUCGCCACGAGCAUAGUUGUGCUAUGUGUCAGUGCAACCACAAGGCUAUUGGCGCCGAUGAGUGCUUUUAUCUUCUAAACGUGAAUUUUGUCUUUGUUUUGGCACAUACUAGCUUACAGAUCUUAAGGGUAACAUAGUCAUACUAAAAGCCAAAAAACUUCCAUUUUGAUUUCAUGGGAAAUAUAAAAAUUAGCUCACACGAUCCGAGAUGACCUUGUUUUCUCUGUGGAACACAAACAGAGCUUUUUCAAAGAAUAACCCAUACCAGGGAGUCCAUAUAAUGUAAGUGUAUGUUAGCAAGAUGAUCAGAAAAUAUUCAUUUUUGGGUGGAGUAUUGCUUUAAAUGCCUGUAGAGAUUAUGUACAGUAACUAUUCUUGUUAUUCAUACUUAUUACUCUUAUUUUGCACAUAAUGUCAAAUGUGAAACUGAGUCAGAUUUGCAAAUGCAAAUUUUAAAGGCACGAUAACAAGAGAAACCUGUUUAACUGUGGUGUUAAAACAAAUGACUGGUGUGUUUGCGUUUUUAACAAUUAGUCUCAAUAGUGCAAUGAGCAAUUUCUUUGGAAUCAUGAAGAAACUAUGUUUAAUAACUAAAGCCACUGAUAAGGGUUUAUACAGUGUCUGUAGCAAGUCAUGUAUUAUUUUUUUCGCAUUCACAUUUUCAUUGUAUUAUGUUGAUUUGUUAAUGGCAUUAUUACACGGUCUAUACUUGCUAUGAAUUUAACUUUAUUGUAUUUAAUAGUGUAUUGUUU